AUGGCAAUGCCCCCUCCUUCUUCUCCAAGCGACUGUAAUUACAUUCCUUUUGAUAAGGAGGUUGUCAAUAAAAGUGACAGUGAAGACUCCCAAACUGAUGAUUCGCUCCACGGUCAUUCGCCUCCACCAUCACUGAACAAAGAGGUAAAUCUUGAUGUUAAAAUUCCCUCUCCAAUUCCUUCUCCUACUCAUACUACUAAUGUUACCAUCGCUCCAUAUCCACCUCCAGUUUCUACCCAACCACCCACUUCUACUUUACAUCAAAACCCAAUUUUUUCUGAAUCCACUACUACCACCAAUACAGUCGGACCUAAUGUUGAUGUCAACGCAUCUAAUGCGGGGGCAAAGAUAUCAGAGCUGCAAGAUUUGAUUUUGACACCUUUCAUUGCCCCUAUCACUCAGAAAGAUUUGAAUGCCUUAAACGUGAAACUAGAUAUUAUCCUUACUUCUUCCACUGCUUCUUCUAGCCAAGCUUACUUUGAUGCUGCUGUAAAGGGUAUGAUUAACACUUUGGUUAAGGAACAUGCUUCCAAUCUUGAUAAAGCCAACAAAGCAGUUGAAGAUUCUUCUCAAUCUUGUCUACAAGUGACCGAAAAAGUUGAUAAACUAAUCUCUAACACGAAAGCUUUCAUCACAGAGAGCGACAAAUGCUUCAAAUGCGAAUGA